AUGUCGGACGAUUGGGAUAUCGAUGACGAGCCUGUCAACUCUGGCUCUUCCACCCCUGCUCCCGCUGCUCUUCCGCCAAAAGCCCCUGCUAGAGGUAAAUGGCAGGGUGAAGAUGAGGAAGAUGAACAAGACGACUGGGAUGUCUCAGAGGACGAGAAGCCUAAACCCGCCGCUGCACCCGUAGCUCCCGCCAAAAAGAAGAUGUCACUGAAGCAGAAAUUAGCUGAGAAGGAAAGAUUAGCUGCCGAAGCUAGGGAACGAGGUGAUACAGGUGAAGAUGAUCUUAUAGAAACGAUGACGGAGCAAGAUAGACGUCGACUUGCUAGGGAGAGAGAACAAGAGGCCGAUUUAGCUGUCGCCGCUGAUUUACUGGGCGCUUCGUCUCUUGAUGAGACCCCUGCUAAAACCCUUCAGACUAUCCUUAAAUCCAAACCAACCACCAAGAACGAUUUUACCGAGUUAUCCAAGGAUAUUUUCUCAGCUUUGAUCAAGCAGCACGAAUCGUCUCCACUUUACGCUACUCUCGUUGAGGAGUUGUCUAAGAACAUGUGCGAGGCGUUGACUGCCGUACAAACUAGAAAAGUGUCAUCUGCAUUGAGUGUGUUGGGUAAUACCAAGCAACAAGAGGAGAGAGACAAAGCUAGUGGAAAGAAGAAGGCUUCUACCAAACCCAAACUCGGUGCUGCCAAAGUCGGAGCCAAGAUUGACACAGAAUCUUACGAUGAUGCUCUCGAUGAUGACGAUUUCAUGUAA